GCUUGUUAUUCGUGUAUUGCUUUGCAAAUCUGGCUAGCAAGUCGUGUCGUUGCAUCAAUCAAAACCAAUCGAGCUGGACUCCCUCAAAUAGCCACUACGAUGAAGGCAGCGGACGAGCCUGCCUACCUGACCGUGGGGACGGAGGUCAGCGCGAAAUACAGAGGUGCCUUCUGUGAGGCAAAAAUCAAGACUGUUAAACGGACAGUGAAGGUUAAGGUGAUGCUCAAAGGAGACACUACCUCACAAGUUGUUCAAGAUGACCAAGUGAAAGGACAGUUGAGGGUGGGCUCCACAGUGGAGGUGAAGAGUGCAGAGGGGAUCUGCAGUGAGGCAACCAUCAACAAACUCACAGACGCCAGUUGGUACACAGUGGUGUUUGACGAUGGGGAUGAGAAGACACUCCGCAGGACGUCUCUGUGUCUUAAGGGCGAGAGACAUUUUGCUGAGAGCGAGACGUUGGACCAACUGCCCCUUACCAACCCGGAGCACUUUGGCACCCCCGUAAUCGGGAAGAAGGGAAACCGCGGAGGAAGGAGGUCAUCUCAGGCUCAUGCGAACGAUGACAAGGAGUCGUCGUCCAGUGAUGACGACAGUGAGGACAGGAGGCGGCUAAAUGAUGACCUGCUGGGUAAAGUGGCCAAUAUUCAGACUGGGACAGACCGGACAUCCUGGUACCUGGCCCUGGUGAUAUCGCCCAGCUGCAAUGAUGACCUGACAGUCAAGAAAGACCAAUGUUUAGUGAGAUCAUUUGCAGACUCCAAAUUUCGAACUGUGGCAAGAAAGGAGAUCCAUGAAGUGAACAUGGACAGCAUCUCUAAAGCUGAGUUCUCGUCGAGGAACGGGUUGGACGAGGCAGUGCAUUUCCUCAAAACCAAGGUGGUCCCUGACAGUUGGAAGAUGGACAUGAGCGAGAUCUUAGAAUCCUCCAGCAGUGACGAGGAGGACAAGGAAGGAAAAGAUAGUGAGGAGGAGGAGGAGAAGGAGGAUGACGAGCAGCCUGAGGAUGAGGCGGACCCAGAGGAGAGGGAUCACUUCCUGCAGCAGCUGUAUAAGUUCAUGGAGGAUCGAGGGACGCCAAUUAACAAGCCUCCUGUGCUCGGCUACAAGGAUCUGAACCUCUUCAAGCUCUUCAGGCUAGUCUACCAGCAGGGGGGCUGUGACAAAAUUGAAAGUGGAUCUGUGUGGAAACAAAUCUACAUGGACCUGGGCAUUCCCAUCCUAAAUUCUGCUGCCUCCUACAAUGUGAAGACUGCCUACAGAAAGUACCUGUAUGGCUUUGAGGAGUACUGCCGCUCAGCCUGCAUCGUGUUCAGGACUAUCCACCACAACGAGGCUCGUCCAGCGUCCCAGUCCUCCCAGUCCCAGACAGAGCAGAAGGCUGCCCAGGUCCCUGAGGUGAAGGACAAAGACAAGGUUGGCAAGUGCCCAACACCACCCGUCCAGAAUGAGUCUGCUGCAGCCACAGAGGACAAGCCUGCCCAGGAGGAGGCUGAGUCGGGGAGUGAGAGCGACAAAGAGAGCCACAAAGAUAUCGCCUCUCCCAGGGUUAGGAGUUCUCAAAAGCAACUUUUGUCCUUUGUGGGGAGGAGACGGUGCACUGUGACCCCGGUCAAAGCUGAGGUGAAGGAGCCUGUCAAGCUGGAGAAGAUCAAUGAGCAGGAGCCGAGUGGUCUGGGUGUGAGUGAGACCAGCGGAGAGGAGACGGGUGGUCAAAAAGAGAGCAGCAGGUCAGACGGAGGGGACACCCAGGGGAAUGGAUGCAGCCGACGUCUGGAGGAGUCCGAUAAAGAGUCUGAGGACGAAGGGGAAGAUGAGGAUGAGGACAGCGAGAGGAGAGUUGGAGAAGGGGCUGAGGAUGAGGACUCAGAAGACUCUGUGACAGGGACUAAGGUGAAGGUAAAGUACGGCCGAGGGAAGACCCAGAAGAUAUAUGAGGCAAACAUCAAGAAAACUGAGAACGAUGAUGCCGGAGAUGUCCUCUACCUGGUACACUACUACGGCUGGAAUGUCAGGUAUGAUGAGUGGGUCAAAGCAGAUCGGAUCAUCUGGCCUGUCGACAAGGGCGGAACAAAAAAUAAACAGAAAAAGAAAGUCAUGAACAAAGAGGAUGGAGAGAAGGACAAGCAGGGGAAUCUGGGUGGGUUGAGAGGCCGCCCUCUUCUCAGAACCACUCCCCCCAGUGCCAACCGCAGCGUCUCCAAGACCCCGAGCCGUGAGGGGCGCUCCAGCAGCAAGAGCAAAUCUGACACAUCACCCCUGCCCAAUGGAGAGGGUACCCCUCGCCGACGCACAAGAACCUCUGGGAUGUAUGACUCGGACAGGGAUGCCAACUCCAAUGAUGAGUCAGGGAAUUCGUCCGAGGACAGUGAGUCAGAGGAUUCGCCGGAGAAGAAGCCUGCCUGGGCGGAGAGAACGGACCCCGCCACGGCCCGUAAACAGGAAGAAGAGGAGGACCUAAGGGUGGAGAGAGGAAGAGCAGAGGCAGUGGCCGCCGCAGCAGCCCAGGCAGCAGCAGCACAGCUCCAGCCCCCCAGCAGCCCUAAGGAGAAGGAGCAGCAGCAGGAGGACAAACUCCCUGAGAGGGAGCCUGAGAAAGAUGAGGCUGAGGAGCAGCCCCAGACGCCUCCCAUGACCCCUGAACCCGACAGACCCAAGGAAGAGGACCCCCCUAACCUGAAAUCCCCCAGGCCUAAAGCAUCACGUAGAAGUAACGUUGGAGAGCCAGAGAGGAACACCAACAACACUGGCUCUGAGAUACCCACCAAAACCAUCAUCACCACCACUCCCAACCACACUGAGACGGAGUCGUUCCCCAGCCCAUGCCCCCUGAAGAGGCAGGAUGAGCCCAUGGUGGUCCUUCACUGUCUCCCUGCUGAGCACCUCCCCAGCAUGCCAGACCUCCCCAUCAUGGACUCCGACACAGACUCCGCCCCGGAGGAGGAGAUCUGCAGGGAGGAGCGAGGCGUGGCCAAGCGUAAAGCCACCGACCACAGGACACCGGACAAGAAGGUGCGUCUAGACUGGAGGGAGGAUACUGCCAGAAUGGCAUUGCCGGGCGGGAGGCCCCAUGACUCGCCGGGCGGGAGGCCCCAUGACUCGCCGGGCGGGAGGCCCCAUGACUCGCCGGGCGGGAGGCCCCAUGACUCGCCGGGCGGGAGGCCCACGACUCCAGAGGGGAGACUGGAGUCGGGGGGACUGAAAGAAGAGGAGUGUCUGACGCCAGCGAAGGGUAAAACGGAGCCGGAGGUUAAAACAGAGAUGCCUGCGCUCACUCCGGAGGUGCGGUGUCGAGGUCCAGGAGAGGGAGGUUUUGCAGGAGGUCAGCCCAGGUCGGAGCAGCCAGACUAUGGGGCAGAGGAGGAGCUGAUGCCCCAGAUAGGGCCUGAGGCGCUGGUCUGCCACGAGGUGGAUUUGGACGACCUGGAUGAGAAGGACAAGACCUCAGCAGAAGACCUCCUAAUGAUGAUGAGCCAAGGGAAGGUCCAUGCUCCCCCUCCAUCCAAUGCCUCCUCCCACCACCCCCAGACCCACAACAACCCUCCUCCGUCCUCCGGUGACGCUGCUCCUCCACAAGUCUUUUCCCCCACCUCGGCCCCUAGCCCUGAUGAGUCUAUAAGCACCAAGAGUGAGAGCGACGUCACCAUCGAGGUUGACAGCGUAGCUGGGGAGUCUCAGGAGGGGCUCGGUGAUAAUGAGUCGGCCAACUCCAACUGCUUUGAAGCCAACACCAGCUCUAGCAACUCCAGCAUGUCACUACAGGAGAGAGACACCAAGGACAGAGGUCAGAAAAGGUUGAUGGACUGCAAUAUGAGUUGUUCUGCAAAGAAGCAGAAGCGCAACCAGAAACGGCCAAGCACAAUGUCCAAAAUGGAGAAGAAUGGAGCAGAGUACAGCAGUGACAGUGAGGACCUGGCUGUUAUGGACCCCUCCUGUAAGAAGACUCCAGUGAAACACUCCAUGUCUAAAGGAAGCCUGAAGCUGGUCUCUCCCAACAGUAAGGAGUUAGAGAAGGACAAGCACAAACACAAGCAGUCCUCCUUCCCCUCCCCUCGCACAUACAAGUGGACCUUCCAGCUCAAUGAACUGGACAGCAUGACAAGUGCUGAGAGGAUUUCCUUCUUACAAGACAAACUACAGGAUAUAAGGAAGUAUUACAUGUCACUCAAGUCUGAAGUGGCCUCCAUAGACAGGAGGCGGAAGAGGUUAAAGAAGAAAGAAAGAGAAGUGUCCCACACCACAGCUUCAACAUCGUCUGGCUCGUCAGACACUGGGAUGAGCCCCUCUUCCGCCUCACCGACUCAGAACACUGUGGCUGUCGAGUGCAGGUGAUGACACGCCUUCUCCCCCACGGUUCCCAUGACGACUACCCUUUCCUACCAUCCCGCUGCCUCCCUGGAGACACGGUUGUGUCCGAAAUGGCACCCUAUUCCCUUUAAAGUGCUAAUAUUUUGACCAGAAGCCAGUGUUAAAUGACCAGAGGCCCUCGUCAAAAGUAGUCCACUAUAUAGGGCAUAGAGGUGCCAUUUCAGACGUACCCACGUACUGACACACCAGAGCCAGCGGCCAAAAGCACUCGGCUGCCCCUCUCUGUCUCCCUUCACCCCCCCAUCCCUCCCACCACUUGGCCACUCCCACUUCUUGCACUUCCCUGCCUUGUAGAUAUUGUGGUCCACCUACUGUAGUGUUGUCAGGAAAUGGAUUCUACGUGAGUUGAAUGUAAAGGAAACCACAAACCCCAGAUACUCCUAGCCAAACCCCUUCACUCUCCAUCCUUGAACAGUCAAUGGCACUUUUCUUCUUCUUACUGUCAGAAACAGAUAUAACCUCCUCUGGUUCCCCAAACGGGAGCAAUCUAGAUUCAGUAAUGAAUCAAUGAUGUCUAUCAGCAGAACCAGACAUACACAAUGUAUGUAACCUACAAUGUAAAGGGUCCCUACCCAUGUUAAUAAUGGUCACUUAACCACCAUGUUAAUAAUGGUCACUUAACCACCUUGGACAUUGUUUGCAAAAAGGUCAAUUAUGUUCGCUUGCUCCAUCAGAACUGCCAAAGUACAUGUGUUACAGCAGAUUGCCCUAUUUUGGAAAAGUGGGACAAAUUCAAUUGCGAAAGGGAAUGUAGUUUACUGAAAACUGCAGCCGUUGUCUUCCAUUAUUGCAGUGUGUCAUCACAGAUUAAUUAUGAAAACUAUUUUUGGAUCUCUUUUUAAGAAAGUAAUAAAAAAAUGAUUAGAAAAAGGUUUAUUACAGUGGAACACAGGAGAAUGUUUUCAGUGGACUAAUUUCCUUUGCGAGUGUAUUGUCUUUUUAUAUGUAAUUGCAGAGUUUUUAUUUUAGUAUGGAAAAUUUCAAAAAGUAUAUAUCACAACAGUGAAGUUAUUUAAUGAAAGAUUUCUAGCCCUGAAAUUUUGUGUAAAAAAGGUUUCUUGCAUUGUUAAAUAUAUUUAUUCUGUCAGUGGACACAUUUUAGUAUUUUUUACAAUAUAGAGACACGAACCUUCCACAGUUUGGACAAUUCUGAUAUUGAAAGAAUGUUGUGUGCUCAUCUAAAAGCAGACUUUGACUGUGAUGUUUCAAUUGGGUAGCUACUGUGCAGUACAUGUUUCCCCCAUUUUCAACAGGGCCCUCAACUUUCUCAACAUUUUUUUUUUUUCUAGAUGGUUUUUGGGGAACACCAUAAUUUGGUGGUCUUCACUUUGUUUCUUGGUACUUGUAUUUGUUAUAAUUUAAAACAUCUAUUCUUAUUUCGACAUGAGUUCUGACCAAUAAAUAAAAGUUGCUUAAGGAAUAUGUAUGUGAAGCCCAGAGGUUUCUUACGAUUGUUUUUGUAUAUAGAUCUUCCAAAACCAUGAAUUCGAAAAAUACAUUUGACAAACUGUAAAGAAUGACAUUAUUUUUUUAAACCUCAUCUUUGUACUGGUAUAUUAAAAGCUUUUUUUAUGGCAAGUUGGUAGAAACAUUCACGCACACAGACUGACUAUAUACUGACCCAGUGGGUUUCAGCAUUAGUCUGAAACUAACCCUACAGAAGAGUCAUGGAAGCAUUCAGAACAUUGACAUUUUUUAUGCCUUAUAGACUUGUGAAAAACACAGAACUUCCUUAAAAGCUAAGUUUAUCUACAGAUUCCUGGAUGAAGGAAAGAAGGUAUUAAGAUUACCUGAGCAAAGUCUUUGUAUCUUAAUGUAAAAUAAGCAGAGCUCUUCAUUUCUAAUAAAGUUUUUAAAUAUU